AUGGUGUUGCAAACGCUGGGCUUCCAGAGCAAUAUAUACAAGUGGGCGCGCGAUCAUCGGCUACACCACAAGCACUCGGACACCGACGCCGAUCCGCACAAUUCGCGCCGGGGCUUUUUCUUUUCGCACGUGGGUUGGCUGCUAUACAUGAAACAUCCCGACGUGUUGGCCAAGGGCAAAACAAUCGACGUGUCCGAUCUGAUGGCCGACCCGGUAGUCCGAUUCCAGGACCGGCAUUUCACCUGGUUAGUGAUACUCAUAUGGGGCUUAGCGCCCGCCACCGUACCCAACCUGUUGUGGGCCGAGUCGGUGUGGAACUCGUGGUUCGUGUGCGUUAUGCUCCGGUACGCCAUAUCGUUGAACACCACGUUCCUCGUCAACAGUGCCGCCCAUCGCUACGGCAUGAAGCCGUACGACAAGACUAUAGCGUCGGUUGACGCACAUGUGCGCCAAUUUAUGGUCGGCGAAGGCUUUCACAACUAUCACCACACCUUCCCACAGGAUUAUUCGAGCUCAGAGUUGGGUGCGAUCGACGCAUUCAAUCCUCAGACAGCGUUCAUCGACACGUUUGCGGCCAUCGGUUGGGCCUAUGAUCUGAAGAAACCGUCGGUAGCUGUGGUGAAGGGGCGUCAGACCAGACGCGGUGACAAUCAAUGGCUUGUGCCCAUCAGAUCGCGGCUAUCGGAACAUAUUGUCGAAUAUCCACAAUUCAUUAAGAUAUCUUGA